UCGUCCAAAAUGUCAAGAAAGGCCCCCCUCUUCGUUGACGCAUCCGACCUCACAAUUUCAUCUCGUCCUACCGAGACACGACGGAUCAUCAGAAGCGAAUCGCCACUGAAUACAACACCAGAAACACUCGCCUCCGUGCGAAAAUCGCCACCAUGUAUCAGGCGCAAAACGUUUACUUUAUUUGCGGCUUCGCCGCCAUUGGCGGUGGUCUCUUCGGCUUCGAUAUCAGCUCAAUGAGUGGUGUCCUUGGAACCGAGGCCUACAAGCGCUACUUCAACAACCCUGUAUCGUAUGCUCAGGGCGGUAUCACAGCUUCCAUGCCGGCCGGCUCCCUCGCCGGAUCUCUCGUCUCGUCCUUCAUCGCGGACAAGUACUCCCGCAAGGUCGCCCUCCAGUUCUCCUGCAUCCUCUGGAUCAUCGGCGCCAUCCUGCAAUGCGCCGCCGUCAACGUCGGCAUGCUUUGCGUCGGUCGUGUCGUCGCCGGCAUGUGUGUCGGUAUUGCCUCGUCCAUCGUCCCCGUCUACCAGUCAGAGAUUGCCCCCAAGGAGAUCCGUGGUCGCGUUGUAUCGCUCCAGCAGUGGGCCAUUACCUGGGGUAUCCUGAUCCAGUACUUCAUCCAGUACGGUGCCGCCCAAGGCGUUGGAGGCGGUCCUACCGACCCCAACCAGCCGACUGCUGCUUUCCGCAUUCCCUGGGGUGUGCAAAUGGUCCCCGCUGUCAUCCUCUUUUUCGGUCUUUUCUUCUUCCCCUAUAGCCCGCGUUGGCUCGCCAGCAAGGACCGCUGGGACGAGGCCAUGCAGGUUCUUGCUCACCUCCACGGCAACGGCGACGUCAACCACCCCAAGGUCCUGGCCCAGUACCAGGAGAUUGAGGAGGCCCUUCGCUUCGAGCGCGAGGAGAACAUCAGCUCUUUCAAGGGUCUUGUUGCCCCCCGCAUGUACAAGCGCGUUCUGCUUGGCAUGAGCAUCCAGAUGUGGUCCCAAUUGUGCGGCAUGAACAUCAUGAUGUACUACAUCGUCUACAUCAUGCAGGGAGCCGGUAUCGGCAACCCGCUCUUGACUGCUUCUAUUCAGUACAUCAUCAACGUCUUGAUGACCCUGCCUGCCAUUAUCUUUAUUGACAAGCUCGGCCGUCGCCCUUUGCUUGUCGGCGGAUCCUUCAUGAUGAUGACUUGGCUGUUCAUUUCCGGCGCACUUCAGCAGUACUACGGCCAGCCCAACACUCCCGAGACGCAGACCUCCGAGAAUGAGACCGUCUCCUGGAUCGUCAAGGACAAUUACUCCGUUUCCGCCGCCAUUGUCUCUUGCUCCUACUUGUUCGUCGCAACCUUUGCCACCACAUGGGGUCCUGUUUCUUGGACGUACCCUGCCGAGAUCUUCCCCAGCAAGAUCCGUGCUAAGGCCGUCUCCCUGGCUACUAGCACCAACUGGUUCUGGAACAUGGUUUUGGCCUUUGCCGUUCCUCCUCUGCUGUGGAACAUCAACUUCAAGAUGUACUACAUCUUCGCCACCUUCAAUGCCCUCGCCUUCCUCCACACCGCCUUCUUUGCUCCCGAGACCAAGGGCUUCACUCUCGAGGAGAUGGACGACGUCUUCAACUCCGGCCUUCCCGCCUGGAAGAGCCACCAGGUCAAGUCGCGUCUCGACGACCUCGAGAACGAGAUUGCCGCCGGAAACGUCAAGGUUGGCCGUCCCAACAACAACACCGAGACUCAGCAGGUUGCUGCCGAGCCCGAGAAGUCCGCGCUCUAAGCCAGACAUCUUCAUUGACCUAUAUACUGUAAUAUCAGCGUGAGAGAUGGGUAGCAGGAAGUAUUUGUAAUGAAUGGAAUGGGCCGUUUGGGAGGAGGGUGUCAAAGAAUUUCAUGAGCGGAUGGAUGAAUAUGCGGAAGAUACCAGAAACCGUCCGUGUGCUCAAAAACGUUGACUUUGAGUCUCACUCGCUUUGGAAAGUUGGGCAGUAUCAUUUUUUUAUUAAUCACAACAGCUGCCGCGACAUCAGCCUCGGUUGUGCCGUUUGCGCAGGAAUAGCAAAAAAUUAUUUUUCGAACCAAUUUUCUGGGCCUGAAUAUUAGCAACGUGCCUUCUUUCGUUGUUUCAUGGUUUGGAGUGCUGCAAUCAGCACUGAGUCUUCCCGAGCUCCUCUUCCACAUCCUCUUGAAGCUUGGGCAUCGACUCCGCUGCGCGGUGCAAGCAUGUUAAGAUUAGCCGAUGGGAAAUCAUGCGGCGACGUGGACAACAAAAAGACCUAUCGCUUUACCAUCCCUAUCCCUAUUCCAGCUGAUCUAUCCACUGUAGCAUUCCGAGCCCUCCACAGCCCUGAUUCACAUCACUCG